AUGCCAUUGGCUGCCAAGCAGGUGGUGUUUCAGCCCGGGCAGGUGGACAAAUGUUUUCUGUGCGGGCAGACGGGGCACCUGGCAGCAGAGUGUGAGGGCAAGCCGAAGCGCAAGAGGGGCGAGAACGACGAGAAGGAGGGGGGUGUACCCAAGAAACCGUUUCAGUUGCUGCAGUGCUGGGUGCUGCGAGAGUACCUGGAGCUGGAGUUCCGCGUGCCGGGGGUGGAGAUGGACCUGGAGAGGGUGCUCGACGACUUUGUCUUCAUGUGCUUCUUCGUGGGGAAUGACUUUUUACCGCACAUGCCGACGCUCGAGAUCAGAGAGAGGGUGCUGGACGAUUUUGUCUUCAUGUGCUUCUUCGUGGGGAAUGACUUUCUGCCGCACAUGCCCACUCUCGAGAUCAGAGAGGGUGCCAUCAACCUCCUGGUGUCAAUCUACCGCCGCGAGUUCGCCAACCUGGGAGGCUACCUCACAGAGAACGGCGAGGUGAGUCGUGGCAGUGGCAAUGGCAGUAGCGGUAGCCAUGGGUGGGUCUUGUCAGUGGCAGUGGCAGUGUCAGUGGCAGUGGCAGUGGCAGUGGCAGUGUCAGUGGCAGUGGCAGUGUCAGUGGCAGUGGCAGUGGCAGUGUCAGUGGCAGUGGCAGUGGCAGUGGCAGUGUCAGUGGCAGUGGCAGUGGCAGUGGCAGUGUCAGUGGCAGUGGCAGUGGCAGUGGCAGUGGCAGUGUCAGUGGCAGUGGCAGUGUCAGUGGCAGUGGCAGUGUCAGUGGCUUUGGCAGUGUCAGUGGCAGUGGCAGUGGCAGUGUCAGUGGCAGUGGCAGUGUCAGUGGCAGUGUCAGUGGCAGUGGCAGUGUCAGUGGCAGUGGCAGUGUCAGUGGCAGUGGCAGUGGCAGUGUCAGUGGCAGUGUCAGUGGCAGUGGCAGUGGCAGUGGCAGUGGCAGUGUCAGUGGCAGUGGCAGUGUCAGUGGCAGUGGCAGUGGCAGUGUCAGUGGCAGUGGCAGUGGCAGUGGCAGUGGCAGUGGCAGUGGCAGUGGCAGUGGCAGUGGCAGUGUCAGUGGCAGUGGCAGUGGCAGUGGCAGUGGCAGUGUCAGUGGCAGUGGCAGUGGCAGUGGCAGUGGCAGUGGCAGUGGCAGUGGCAGUGUCAGUGGCAGUGGCAGUGUCAGUGGCAGUGGCAGUGGCAGUGGCAGUGGCAGUGGCAGUGGCAGUGGCAGUGGCAGUGGCAGUGGCAGUGGCAGUGGCAGUGGCAGUGUCAGUGGCAGUGGCAGUGUCAGUGGCAGUGGCAGUGGCAGUGGCAGUGGCAGUGGCAGUGGCAGUGGCAGUGGCAGUGGCAGUGGCAGUGGCAGUGGCAGUGGCAGUGUCAGUGGCAGUGGCAGUGGCAGUGGCAGUGGCAGUGGCAGUGGCAGUGGCAGUGGCAGUGGCAGUGGCAGUGGCAGUGGCAGUGGCAGUGGCAGUGGCAGUGGCAGUGGCAGUGGCAGUGGCAGUGGCAGUGGCAGUGGCAGUGGCAGUGGCAGUGGCAGUGGCAGUGGCAGUGGCAGUGGCAGUGGCAGUGGCAGUGGCAGUGGCAGUGGCAGUGGCAGUGGCAGUGGCAGUGGCAGUGGCACUCCCAUCCACUCGCCCACCUCCGUUUCCUCGCCCCACUUUCCCCUCCCUUCCCUACCCUCCCGCAACCCCCCACCUCCCCUCUCUCCCCUUUCUCCCGUUUCUCUCCCAGGUGGAUCUGCGGCGAGUGGAGCAUUUCAUCCAGGCUGUGGCAGUGCACGAGCAGUCCAUCUUCAUGAAGCGCGCCCGCAUCCACCAGAGGCAGAAGGAGAGGAGGGUGCGAGACAGGCAGCAGAAGGAACGCAAUCAGUACCGCAAGGGAGACGAGGCCGCCCCCAACGUGCCCUCAUCCGCCCUGCAGCCAGUACGUGCCCUUGCAUCUGCCAGCGUUGCAGCAGCCAAAGCACUUGGGAGGGUUGUGGAGCCGCAGCAGUUGCAAGCCGUUGGCUCCACUCACUCGCCUGUUCAGGAUGCUCGUCAUCUCCCACUGAUUGCACUUAUUGCACUGAUUGCCCUUGGUCUCGCUUGCCCCUCCCCUCACAUGUCCCAUAUGCUCCUCCAUGCCUCUCCUCUCCCUCCCCUUCCCCCGGCCCCCUCUUUCCUCACAACAACAGCUGUCAGCAUCACAGCAGCCAAUGCAUCAUGGGGGGCAGCACAGCCGCAGCGACGUGCCAGCAUCGCAGCAGCCAACACACCAGGGGGUGCUGCACAGCCGCAGCGACAUGCAUACUGCCAGCGUCACAGCAGCCAACACACCACGGAGGACCCUGCAGCCGCAGCGACAUUUGUAGUUCCUCCUGCAACUCCUUUGCCCUCCUCGCCACUUCACACGUUCCCCCUGCCAGCAUCACAGCAGCCAACGCACCACGGAGGACUGUACAGCCGCAGCGACAUGAACCCUGCCUCUCGCAACUCCUUCGCCCUCCUCGCCACGCCGCUCGCCAACCCCAAUGCUGCUGCUGCCAACGGGUCAGCGGGGAGCAACCAGGCGGCUGCUGCUGCGCUGCGCGCCAAGCUGGCAGGCCACGCCACGUCAGCAUCGUCGGCCGACCCGGCUGCGCCACCUGUAACGAAGAUGAUGCGUGUGGAUGGUGCUGCUGGCGCUGCUGCUGCUGCCGCCGCAGGAGGGAGAGAGGUUGGCCGAUCGGCCCUGGUGGGAAAGGGUAGAGAAGGAAGGUUAGAGAAUGAUGAGAAGAGUGAGAAGGUUGAGAAGGGUAGGGAGGGGUACAGAAG